ACCUCCUCGACGCGCAUCCCAGGCACCGUUAUUCCUCCUCCCCUGGUCCGCGGAGGGCAGCAGACUUCUUCGAAGUUAGGGACUCAGCAGAACACGCAGAUAGUAAUGCCGCCUCUUGUCAGGGGAGCGCAGCAAAUCCACAACAUCCGACAGCACUCCAGCACGGGGCCGCCUCCGCUGCUGCUGGCACCGCGGGCAUCAGUCCCCAGCGUACAGAUCCAGGGACAGCGAAUCAUCCAGCAGGGCCUGAUCCGCGUCGCCAACGUCCCCAACACCAGCCUGCUGGUGAACAUCCCGCAGGCUUCACCGACUUCCAUCAAAGGUACAGCCGUCACCUCUGCUCAGGCCAACGCUACGACGACCAGCGCCGCCUCCAUUGUCAACUCCAGCGACUCCCCGGCCAGCCGGCAAGCCGCCGCCAAGCUGGCCUUGCGGAAGCAGCUGGAGAAGACGCUGCUGGAGAUCCCUCCUCCCAAGCCGCCUGCGCCGGAGAUGAACUUCCUGCCGAGUGCAGCCAAUAACGAAUUUAUUUACCUGGUCGGAUUGGAAGAGGUGGUGCAGAAUUUGCUGGAGACUCAAGGUAAAGUUUCGCUCCCUGUAUCAUCCCGCGAGCCCUACAUGUGUGCUCAGUGUAAGACUGACUUCACCUGCCGCUGGAGGGAGGAGAAGAACGGAACCAUAAUGUGUGAAACCUGCAUGACAUCGAACCAGAAAAAGGCCUUGAAAGCCGAGCACACUAACCGACUGAAGGCUGCCUUCGUCAAAGCACUGCAGCAGGAGCAGGAGAUCGAGCAAAGGAUACUGCAGCAGACCGCGUCUCCCGUACAGACCAAGCCCGACCCGAUCGUGCAGCACCACUCGCUCAAGCAGACUUCUAGCCAGAUGUCUCGAGGCCCGCCCGGAGCCCCGCGAGGCGUGUUGCAUGCAUUUAGCCAGUCCCCCAAGUUGCAGAAUGCAUCGUCUGCAGCAGCACUUGGGAGUAGGCCAGGUAAGCAUGCUGAGCGACCUGUCGGCAAGGGCAGCGCCGCCGCCUGGAAGAAGACUCCCAUCAAUACAGGUGGGGCGUUACCCUUUGUCAGCCCUAGUUUAGCUGUGCACAAGUCGUCUUCAGCAGUAGACCGCCAGCGUGAGUAUCUCCUGGAUAUGAUCCCCCCACGGUCCAUCCCACAGUCCGCCACGUGGAAAUAAUGCAGAGGAAUGCCCGAGAGGAAGACUUUCCUGUUCCUGCCAUCCUUUUUAUACCACAUUACAGUGGAAUCUGCUUUAAUCCCAGCUGGAAAACGCCCCAGGCUUUAUAGGAUGCAAGACGACCACUCCUCAUCCCAUCGAGUGCUGCUGUCCCCGCUGUCGGAAAACGACACCACGUGGGUGGGAAAGACUUGAGCUCGUUUGGUUCUCGGAUUCUUAGGAUUGCCCGAUGGCGAAGGCUGCCAGGGAAGGGGAAGAAUUCUUCUUUGUUUUGGUUUUUUUUUUUUGGCUUCCUGUGUUUAGUUGGGACUUGUUUUGUCACC